AUGUCAGAACGGAAUCCCAAGGACUCCAUGAAGUCCACUUGGCGCCGGCAGGCCCGCUCAGAGUGGACGCUGUUCCAUUGGUUCUACGAACUACUCGGCAUCCACCCGGAGCAUCUCGACCAGAACGUCCCAGUUCAUCUCAAAGAAGACGCCGUCCCCUACACACCCAACUGGUCCACCCACCGCUGGGUCAUCACCCACGCCGUCAUCCCCCUUCUGUUUCAACACGCCUACGUCCAGUACACAGGUCGCAAUCUCAGUACCAUCGCCGCCUUUAUUCUAUACAGCAUCAGCUUCAAGCUGAUCGCCAUCCACGAGCUCCACGUCCUCCGCCGACUGGGCCAUAUCCACGGCUUCCUAGACGGCGACAAACAUGCCCGCGACGGCGUCCCAGACAUCGGCGUCGCAAAGGUUGUCCGCUCCCUCAUGUCAACCUCUACCAUCCGACCCAUGAUGUCCGUCUUCCUCGCCUAUCGCACAACCGAAGCCCCCUCGUCCAUGAGCUUCGCCUGGCUGCCGCUGGAAAUCGGCCUAUACGGCAUCAUCCUCGAUUUCUGGUUUUACUGGUACCACCGCGUCAUGCACGAUUUCGAGCCGCUGUGGAAAUAUCACCGUACCCACCAUCUGACCAAGCAUCCUAACCCGCUUCUGACACUCUAUGCGGAUCUGGAGCAGGAGUUCUUUGAUAUUGCUGGUAUCCCGUUGAUGACUUACUUCACGAUGAAGGCUAUUGGUUUGCCCAUGGGCUUCUAUGAGUGGUGGGUUUGUCACCAGUAUGUUGUGUUUGCGGAGCUGGCGGGGCAUAGUGGGUUGAGGGUUCACUCGAGCCCGCCUUCGACGCUGAAUUGGUUGCUUCGAUACUUUGAUGCGGAGCUGGUCAUUGAGGAUCAUGAUUUGCAUCAUCGGAAGGGCUGGAAGAAGAGUUAUAACUAUGGGAAGCAGACGAGGCUUUGGGACAAGAUUUUCGGCACUUGCUGCGAUCGGAUCGAGUCUGUUGAACAUAAUGUUGAUUUUGUGAAUCAGGCACCUAUGCCGUUAUAUUGA